AUGGCAUUAGGUAAGAGUUCCCGAGGCGACGGCAGGAAUUCUUCGAACUACUGUUCCACAGUUCCCGUAGCUGUUUUUGUUGCAUUUUGUUUAGUUGGUUUAUGGAUUGCAAUGUCAUCCAUUGUUCCGGUUCAGGAUUCAGUCAUGGAGGUAUCCGAGACGAUUAAUGAGGUAAAAAAUAUAGCCAAUCAAACUGAUUCUAGGAAGUUUGAAAACAGAUUAGGUGAUGUACCAGAUGAAUCGGAAACAAGAGAUAGCCAAACCCCAGAAUCUCAGAGUGAAAGCCAUUCAGAAUCUGUAGAAACAGAAACAGUGAAUGGUCAAAUUGAUGAUAAUCAACUCAAAGGAUCGGUGGAAACUUUAGAUGAAAGUAAAUCUGACAAGAGCUUAGAUGAUAGCAAGUUAGGGACAGAAAAUAGUCUCGGUGAAAUCACGCAACAAGAUGAGACUGUUGGCGAGUCUAAGGAGGAGAAGAACGAUGAAAAUCUGCAGUCGAUGACAAACCAAAUUACCGGAGAUAGUAACGUAGAAAGUUUAGUUGAAGCUAGAACCGAAAAUGGAACUUGGUCAACUCAAGCUGCAGAGUCGAAGCGUGACAAGGAACCAGAAAAGUAUUCGAUCUCUAUUGAUAGCAGCAAAUACGACUGGAAACUUUGUAAUACAACUUCGGGAUCAGAAUACAUCCCUUGUCUUGACAAUUGGAAAGCAAUUAGAAAACUUCGUAUCAUAAGUCACUAUGAACAUCGAGAGAGACACUGUCCUGAUGAAGUUACCACUUGUCUUGUUUCUCUUCCGGAGGGCUACAGAAGCCCAAUUAGGUGGCCCAAAAGCAGGGAAAUGAUAUGGUACAACAAUGCUCCUCACACAAAGCUUGUAGAAUCUAAGGGUCAUCAAAACUGGAUCAAAGUUUCUGGUGAAUAUCUUACUUUUCCUGGCGGUGGAACUCAGUUUAAGUAUGGCGCUCUUCAUUACAUUGAAUUCAUUCAGAAUUCUCUUCCUAAUAUUGCAUGGGGGAAGAGAAGUCGUGUGAUAUUGGACGUUGGGUGUGGGGUAGCGAGCUUCGGUGGCUAUCUGUUUGAAAAAGAUGUUCUGACCAUGUCGUUUGCUCCUAAAGAUGUCCACGAAGCCCAAGUGCAAUUUGCAUUGGAACGUGGGAUUCCUGCAACGUUAGGCGUCAUGGGAACUAAAAGAUUACCAUUCCCCGGUUCUGUCUUUGAUCUUCUCCACUGUGCUCGUUGUAGAGUCCCUUGGCACAUAGAAGGUGGCAAGCUACUUUUAGAGCUGAAUCGUGUCUUGCGGCCUGGUGGUUACUUUGUAUGGUCCGCUACUCCAGUUUAUCAAAAGGAUCCAGAAAAUGCCGGGAUUUGGAAAGACAUGCGUGCAAUCACAAAGUCAAUGUGUUGGGAUCUGGUUGUUAUUGCAAAAGACAAAUUGAACGGAGUGGCAGCGGCAAUAUAUAGAAAACCAACCGACAACGAAUGCUACGAGAAACGGCCAAAAAAUGAGCCACCAAUGUGUAGUGAAUCCGAUGAUCCAAAUGCAGCUUGGAAUGUAUCAUUACAGGCUUGCAUGCACAAAGUGCCAGUAGGUGCAUCAGAGCGCGGAACAAUCUGGCCGGAACAAUGGCCACUGAGGCUAGAGAAACCACCUUACUGGUUAAACACUCAGACCGGUGUUUUUGGAAGAUCUGCUCCAUUAGAAUUCACCGCCGAUUACAAGCAUUGGAAAAACGUAAUUUCACAUUCAUAUUUGCACGGAAUGGGUAUCAAUUGGUCUUCAGUAAGAAAUGUCAUGGACAUGAAAGCUGUUUACGGAGGUUUCGCCGCGGCACUCAGAGCGCUGAAAUUGAACGUCUGGGUAAUGAAUGUAGUUCCGGUUGAUUCUCCAGACACAUUGCCUAUAAUAUACGAGCGUGGAUUAAUCGGUAUUUAUCACGAUUGGUGUGAGUCGUUUAGCACCUAUCCUCGAUCUUAUGAUCUUCUCAAUGCCGAUUCUUUAUUCUCAAAUCUUAAAGAAAGGUGCAACAUAGUGGCAGCGAUUGCAGAAGUUGAUAGAAUGUUAAGACCAGAAGGAUAUUUGAUUAUAAGAGACAAUGAAGAAACCAUUGGUGAGAUAGAGAACAUGGUAAAAUCUCUACAUUGGGAUAUUCGUUUUAGUUAUGCAAAAAAUGGAGAGGGUUUACUUUGUCUUCAGAAGACAUUUUGGAGACCAACAAAGGUUGAAACGGUUGUGUCAGCCAUUGCUUAA